ACUAUAUAUUUGUGUAAAUGUGUAUACAAACACAAAGAAGACCAACGCAACCAGUUCUCAACAAAUAACCAGAGUAAAGGCCUUAUUUUUUUCCAGCAUUUACUAAAACUAAAGUAAUGGCAACCGAGAAGUUUUCAUCUCUUCUGUUACUUUCCAUGAUGGUGUUUGCUCUCAUCAUUUUGCCCAUUGAUUCGGCCGUUCCAGGAGUUUAUUACAAAUGUAUGCCGGACGGAUGUACACUCACGCCACCAUGCGCGGCAAAAUGCGAGUCUAUGGGGUUCCAAAAUGCAGGUGAAUGUCGAAUUUAUAGUUAUGGCGGUGUUUGUUGUUGCCAAUGCACUGAUAAAGCAUGUAUAAAUUAAUACCGUGCCUAGUCCUUCUGCUUACUAAUCAGUUCUUCAAUCAAUAUGCACUCUCAUUUAUACAUGAGUAAAAACCAUAUAUUGAAAAUGUUCCAUGUUUAAAA